AUGACUGACGUAGAGAUGCAAGAUGCAAGCUCAGCUAAGGACAAAGCUGUAAAGGCAUCCAAGUCCGGAGCUGGUGAGGCGUCUGAGGGCAAGAAACGCUUUGAGGUCAAGAAAUGGAAUGCCGUUGCACUUUGGGCCUGGGAUAUUGUCGUCGAUAACUGUGCCAUCUGCCGUAAUCACAUCAUGGAUUUAUGUAUCGAAUGCCAAGCGAAUCAAGGGUCAUCUACCACGGAAGAGUGCACGGUAGCAUGGGGUAUUUGUAAUCAUGCCUUCCACUUCCACUGCAUUUCGCGAUGGUUGAAAACUCGACAGGUCUGUCCGCUAGAUAACAGAGAUUGGGAGUUCCAGAAAUACGGCCGAUGA